AUGGUUACCAUCGUGCUGGGCAGUCAAUGGGGGGAUGAAGGCAAGGGGAAGAUCACGGAUAUGCUGUCGCAGCAGGCGACGCUCUGCUGCCGCGCCGCAGGUGGUCACAACGCCGGCCACACAAUCGUCCACAAGUCUGUAACCUACGACUUCCACAUCUUGCCCUCAGGCCUGGUUUCGCCCUCAUGCGUGAACCUAAUCGGCGCCGGCACGGUCUUCCACGUGCCCAGCUUCUUCAAGGAGCUGGCCUCCCUCGAAGAAAAGGGCCUGACCACCGCCAGCCAGCGCAUUUUCGUCGCGGACCGUGCCCACGUCUGCUUCGACCUGCAUUCUGUCGUCGAUGGUCUGGAGGAGGCUGGUCUCGGCGGCCGCAAGGUCGGCACUACUGGGAAGGGUAUUGGGCCCUGCUACAGCGAUAAGGCGGCGCGGAGGGGUGUGCGCGUCGGCGAGAUUCUGGAUGAGGAGGUCUUUGAAAGGAAACUCCGUGCGCUGGAGAAGUCGUACCGCUUGCGAUUUGGGGAUUUGGCGUAUGAUGUUGAAGAAGAGAUUGCGCGGUUUAAGGAAUACCGCGCGCGCCUGAAACCCUUCGUCGUCGACCAACUCGAGUUCCUCCAGAAACACGAGUCCUCGCCCAACACCUUAGUGGAGGGUGCCAACGCACUCAUGCUGGACCUAGACCACGGUACAUACCCAUUCGUGACAUCGUCAUCAACAGGCCUAGGCGGCGCCGUGCAAGCGCUAGCCCUGAACCCAAUGAGCAUCAAGUCCGUGAUCGGAGUGGUGAAGGCGUAUACGACGCGCGUGGGAUCGGGCCCGUUCCCGAGCGAGCAGCUCAACGCAGACGGCGAUAAGCUGCAGAGCGUGGGGCGGGAGUUUGGCGUGACGACCGGCCGUCGUCGGCGCUGUGGAUGGCUCGAUCUCGUGCUGUGUCGCUACUCGCAUGCUAUCAACCACUACACUGCGCUUAACCUGACCAAGCUUGAUGUGCUGGAUGACUUUGAAGAGAUCAAGGUCGGUGUUGCGUAUAUUCUCCCUGAUGGGAAGAGGACGACUGGGACUUUCCCGGCCGAUGCGUCGGUCGUUGAGAAGAUCCAGGUCGAGUAUGUUACUCUGCCCGGCUGGAAGUGCAGCACUAUGGGUGCUACCCGCUACGAGGACCUCCCUCCCAAUGCCCGUGCCUACAUUGAGUUCAUUGAGCGUGAGCUCGGCGGCGUCCCUGUCAAGUGGAUUGGCACUGGUCCUGCGAGGGAACACAUGAUUGCCCGUGAUUAG